CCACGCUGCUGCUUUGGGUGAGCCAAGGUUUUGACUCCCCCACAACGACGACGACGACGACGCUGCCCAUCAUCGUUCAUCAUCGUUACGGAACAUUGCACAGAUUAUUAUAACAAAGGGCCUUGUGUGUGUGUUGAAACAAGAGAUGGACUUGACUAUGCUCGUCAGACAGCAUGCCCAAGGCAUUGCGGCAGUGAGAGACGCCUUGGCAAAGACGAUUGCUGCGUCGAGAAAGGAUAUGGAUUUGUCGCGGAGAGAACUGCAUCACAUUGCGGAACUGUUGGUCGACGAAGCACUCUUGUUUCGCUUUUACAAAAAGCACAAAUAUGACCACGCCGCAACGCAUGCAGCUCUUCUCAGCCAUAUCGACUGGCGACUACAAAAUGACCUUCCAAACCUUUCUUUAUCUUCCCUCCCUCCCUCUGCCCUCCAAUACCUCCAAAAGGGCCUCUUUUAUUUUUUACGAACAGACAAGUUAGGCCGUCCGGUGGCUGUGCUUAAUCUCCGUCACUUUUCGAAACACGGGCAUGGUGAUUUCGAGGAUCUCAGAUGGUUCUUUAUACUGGCCAUGGAAGUUGCACGCAGGGUCGUUCAAUCCAUCAACGAGGAAGUGAGGAAACGGAGAGAGUUGGGCAUAUUAGAUGAGGCCAGCGACCGCAUCAUUGCCCAGAUAUCUAUCAUUGUCGACUUGGAAGGCGUCGGAUUAAACAAUGUUAAAUAUGACAUGAUACCCCUUUUCCACGACCUCUUCUCUCAUCACUAUCCCCAAACUGUCGGCACGGUCUACGUUCUCAACUAUGGCUGGAUCCACUCUGGUAUCUGGUCUGUGCUCAAAACGGCUCUGCCAGCGGACGCAACCAAAAAACUCAUGUUCCUCACCACUGGGGAACUGACUGCCCAUAUCUCCCCCGAAAACCUCCCCACUUGCCUUGGAGGCUAUGAGGCUACACCCUAUUCGCUUACCACAUGCCCAGUAUACACCAACUUUUGCCAUCCAAACUAUCACUCUACAUCUCCGCGCAUAUCCCACCAAAUAUCCUUGAUGGACGCUGAAGACGAAGGUUACCACGAAGAUGAGGACAUUUGGUACGAUGCCGUCGAAGCUCCCAUGACACCCUGUCGCUCCGCAGCAGAUUUGCAAAACCUGCUACGCGUCUCGAGUGGCCGCAACCUGCAUGGUAUGAAUCGCGUCGGAAGCACAAAAAGUCUCAAAACCCUGGCGGCACAGGCUGCCGUCUCCGGAUCCGGCUACACAUCCCUUCGCUCCUCAAACGCAGGUGGUGGACUCGUCAUGCGCCCAUUCAACCGUCCCGACCAUGCGAUACCGCUCGCAGCUUCACAACAGCCGCCCAGACGCCGCCGCAGAACGCUGAUAAAAUCUACUCUCCUUAAAACCCCCGCAACCCUCUACUCUUUCUUGUCGUCAACCAAACUCCGAUACAUGUGCCUCUGCGUUUUGGCCUUGACCUUGGUUGGCGCCAGAAAUACUGAGAGAAUUAAGCGGCUAUACUGGAAGUUGGUGUUGGCUGGAAAAACAAAAAGGGACGUGGGCUUUCUUGAGGCACCGGCCGUUGUCGUGGCAGUUGGGGGUGCUUUGAGAUGUUGAACCUAGUCAUUUUUCCAUUAUUCUUUAUUCUUUAUCUGUACAGAUUAUUAUUUUUUUCGGUUGGAUGGAUAUUGUAUAUUCCUUUUUUGCGCUCGUUAAAUAAUGAGCAUUAAGAAAUAAAGAAAAAUAACUCUUAAAGUGCAUAA